UGUUAUCGGUUCUAAUUCAAGAUGGGUAACAAAGCUACAACUGUGAAAGAAGAACGGGAAGUGAUCCACUUGAAGGUUGUACCUCCAUUGGACAAAGUUUUUCUGCGCUGGCUUGCCAGAGAUCUCCAGAGAGUUCAUGGAUUCAAACCGAGUAACAACACUCGUGCGAUCACGCCUCCGGAUAGCUACAUUGGGUUCAUGCGUUUAAAUGGAUCCCUUGAUGUGGAUUUAGAUGACCCUGCUCUUGCCCAUUUGUUCAAGUGAAAAAGGUUCUUUUGGUGUCUGUUUGUUUUGUAUGAAGCUUUCAAUGUCUUUGUAUCCCAUCUACCUUUUGAUUACUCCAUACAUAAGCUUUUUGUAUUGAAAACUCGUCUAUAGAUAUUAUCUUAUCUAACAGCAUAGCAUUCAGAUGAGAUCCGAGUGUCUGCAUUCAGAUGACA